AUGUAUCAGAACGGAAGGCAAGAAGUUGAAGAGGAUGAUCCCGAGGAUGUGGAAGAGGAGGGAGAAGAUGGCGACGAAGACGGAGAGGAGGAGGAGGAGGAGCCGACUCUCAAGUACGAGACUAUGAAGACGCCUGCAUUUGAUUUCCUGCAGAAGGAGACCAUAUCAGCGAUCUACGUCUCGACAGAAUUUAUGACACUGGGCACACACAACGGCGUAGUGCAUGUCAUUGACCACAAAGGCAACAAUAUCAAGGCCUAUCGCUCUCACAGUGCGACCAUCAGUGGAAUCGACGUGGACUACGAAAAUCAAUUCAUUGCGUCCGCAUCCGUAGACGGCAAGGUCAUCAUCCACUCCCUGCAUACGCCGGAAAACUACUCGUUCGACUUCCGUCGGCCGAUGCGCACAGUAGCACUCGAACCAGGAUUUGCGCAUAAGAAUGGGAGGCAGUUCGUGUGUGGUGGGAUGGCAGGGACACUACUGCUGCAUGAUAAAGGGUGGAUGGGGCACAAGGCGCAGAUUCUGCACAGUGGAGAGGGUCCGAUCUGGGAGACCAGUUGGAUGGGUAACCUGAUUGCCUGGGCCAAUGAUCUGGGUGUCAAGAUUUACGAUACUGCCUCCCAUUCGAGAAUUGGAUUCAUCGACCGCGCCGUUGACGCACCAAGAGCCGACCUCUUUAAAUGCAACCUCCGCUGGCGCGAUGAACAAACACUCCUGAUAGGCUGGGCAGACCACCUCAAGGUUGCCCGCGUCCGCCAGCGACCAAACCCACCGCCGGGAAUGCCACCGCUGAUGAUUGAGAUCACCUCCCACUUUGCUCUCGAUUACAUGGUCGCAGGGAUUGCAAGCUACCAGAAUUCCUACCUGAUCCUCUCGUAUAUCUCUCCCGAUACCUACAUGGAAGAGGAAACAGAAGACCGCGAGCGGCAAAGGCGAAAGGCGGCGCUUCCACCUGAGAUGAACUUGAUUUCCCGCUCCGGAGAACAGGAAGCGUCUGAUGUCCUAGCCAUCCAGGGGUACGGAACAUACGGGUGCAAUGAUUACGCGCUUGGUCCUUCAAUCAAGGAGAAGGAUCCAUUCUUCGUUGUUAUGAGCCCAAAGUCCAUCAUCGUCGCCCGACCCAGGGACCGGAGUGAUCAUGUCGACUGGCUGGUAGAGAAACGGCGGUAUGCCGAAGCUCUGGAUGAAGUGGAGAAAAUGGGGGAAACGAGGGAAUGGAAUGUUGUCAGUGUGGGAGAGAAGUUCAUUGAAAGCUUGGUGGAGGAAGGACAGUUCGAUAAGGCUGCCGAGUUGUGUCCGAAGGUCUGCAGGGAUAACGGGAAGGCAUGGGAGGACUGGAUUUUCACCUUCGUGCAAAAGGGUCAAUUACCAGCUAUCGUUCCCGUUAUACCCACUCAAGAACCGCAGCUAUCUCAUGUUGUGUACGAGAUGGUCCUAGCUCAUUAUCUUGCCAAUAAUCGAGACGAACUUCUGCGCACAAUUCGCACCUGGCCCCACGGGAUAUACGACAGUUCGGCCAUCGUUGUUGCGGUUCAAGGCGAGCUCGAGCACACACCGAGUUCAGCUAUCUUGAUGGAGUGCCUCGCCGAGCUCUUUAUCCAGAAUCGUCAACCGGGAAGGGCCCUGCCCUACUUACUUCGACUGAGGAAACCGAACGUAAUCGACCUGAUUAGAGAAUACAAUCUAUUCUCGGCUGUCAAGGAUCAGGUCCUGCUACUCGUCGAAUUUGAUCAAGAUCUAGAGCAGAAGUACAGGGUGCAAGGAGAGGGAAGCAUGGCAUCGGUGCUGCCCAGACGAAGCGCUGCAAUCUCGUUGCUAGUAGAGCAUACAGAUUCUAUUCCGAUCCCACGUGUGAUACAACAACUUGAGCAAAGAGCGUCAUUCCUGUAUCUGUAUCUCGACGCGUUGUUCGACCGUGAUCCGCUCCUCACGUCAGACUACGCUGAUCGUCAGGUGCAGCUAUAUGCAGAAUUUUCCUACAAGCGCCUUAUGGAUUUCCUCCGGGCGAGCAACUACUACAGCUUGGAACGCGCAUAUCGAAUAUGUAAGGAACGAGAUUUUGUACCUGAACAAGUGUUCUUGCUUGGCCGCAUGGGUAACAACAAGGCUGCACUGAACCUCAUCAUCGAACGUCUGGGCGAUGUCACUCGAGCUAUAGAUUUUGCGAAAGAGCAAAAUGAUGAAGAGUUGUGGGAAGAUCUUCUGAAAUACUCUGAGACUCGACCUGCUUUCAUUCGUGGCCUCUUGGAGAACGUAGGUGCCGAGAUCAAUCCUGUACGACUGAUACGACGCAUUCGAAACGGACUUGAAGUGCCAGGCUUAAAGAGCGCACUGAUUAAGAUUCUACAGGAUUUCAACUUGCAGAUUUCUCUGCUGCAGGGUACACAGACUAUUCUCUACAGCGAUUGUACGGAUCUGGCUCGGCGGCUCCAAAGCAGUCAAGUGAGUGGAGCCUUCUGUAGCGCGACCAUGACGUGCCCCAUAUGCGAUCUUCCCCUAUUUGUCGCUCCUACUCCAAGUGCCGAAACGCAGCAGUUGGCCUUGGCAUUCUUGUGCGGUCACAUCGUUCAUGCCACUCAUGUGAAGGGAGCGAGUGAACUUCCGGCCCAACAACCCGAGAUCAUUAGGGGAUUCCUGGGAAGUCAAGCUCGAACACAGGAUAGACUUGGACAAAAAUUAGCCUAG